AUGGCAAAGAUUUUCGAAACCAGUAGUUUAACAGUGAGACCAUGGGGUGAAUUUGCAGAGUGGGGAAGAUUCAGCAUACCAGAUGCUCAAUUCAGAGAAAGAUCAGAAACUAAUCUUGGUUACUACUCUGGAAACUAUGCUUUGAUUGUUGGUGCUGUUUUAUUGUUGACAUUAUUCACAAACUACAACUUAUUGUUAGCUGUCUUAGUACUCGCUGGUAUUGGUUACUAUGUAUUUGUAGUUCAACCAAAAACACAUGUCGUCGGUGGAUUCAGAGUUGAACUCUUACAUCAAGUUGCCAUCUUUGCUAUCGUAUCAAUAAUUGUUGUUUACAAAUCAAGUGGAUUGACAUUGUUCUACACAACCUUGUUCUCAUUGUUGGUUGUAUUGGCCCACAGUUUGGCUAGAAAGAGAAACACCAACGCCAAGAUCAACAACGUCGUGAACAAGGCUAAGGAUUUUGCUAAUAUCUUUUAA